AUGUUGCUGGUGGGUCGCAGAAAAGCAGAAACAUGGGUGCACAGCUUUUCGGUGGGCAAUGAAACGCGCAAGCACAAGGGCUACACCGUCUACCGCAUCACGUCCAUUGUGUUUAAGCGAUCCCACCCCGAGGGAUUGACUCGUGUGACCCUAUGGAAGCGCUUCAAGGAAGUAAAGCAAUUGUACAAGGAACUCGUUCGGCGGCAUCGUGAACGACACUUGGCAGGAACAGUGCCGACGUUGGCGGAGCAGUCGUACUUCAAGCGCUUUGAUCCGGCCGUUAUCGAUGAGCGCAAACGGUACAUCCUGCAGCUGCUGGACUUUGCCGGCCAGGAACCGAUCUUGUACUUGUCACACGCGUUUGUAAACUUCUUCGCCCACGGAAUCUCGCUGGACGACCAGGAGGGGGAAGACGACGGUGACGACGGAGAGAGCAGCUGGGAUGGUAGCGGUUCGCCGGUGAAGGAAAACGGCACGAGCCACACCGGGCGGGGCAAUAUCGAGACAAUAAGGGAGCAGUUGGGAAUCCGACGACAGGACGAAUUGAGUCUGAUCGAUCCGAGCCGCGAUCGCCAUGAGGGAGCGGAGGUGUACGCGGGUGACUCGAACACAAGCGGUGGCAAGGAAGCAACAGAACACCAAUUCGAUGAUGAUGGCAUUGAAAGCGGUGGCCUUUUUCUAUCAGCUUCAGUGGACACGUGCGAUGGGUCACUGAUCAAUUCGAUGAUCUCGGAAUCUGCAUCGAGUUUGUCGGAGGAACAGCAGCAACCCCCGGCAACGAUGGUGACGGAGGAUUAUCUCGUCGCUGCGGCGAUGGUGUUCAGCAAGGCGGUUGAAGCGGAAGCAAACGGCGAUUACAAGCGCGCGUUCGAGCGUUACAAAGCUGGAGUCGAUCGGUUGUUAAGCGGUGCCAAGGAUGACUCGAACGUGACGCGUCGCAAAAUUGCCAAAGAAAAAAGCUGCAAGUACGUCGCGAAGGCGGAGGAAAUCUACGGACGGUAUCUAGAGCGCGACGGCAAUGCUCCUUUGAGCCCGAUUGCGUACGACGAUCCGAGUUCGCCUAUCCAGCUGCUCGAGCGCCCGCUCAACUAUCUGUCCCGUUACAAGGUGGUCAAGGUGAUCGGAACCGUGAUGCAGGUGCAGGACGUGACGGACAAGAAGUUCUACAUCAUGAAAAGCAUCCGUCGUCCGUCGCCUGGCGGCAUUCCUUUUUCGAGUGCGGCCGUCUUCCCGCAGGAUGUGCCUUACAUGGUGCCAUUAGUAGCCUACUUUCAGUCGACGGACGGUGGCAUAUUCCUGCUGUUGCGACUCGUUUGUGCCGGGAAGUUGUGGGAUUUCAUUCGAUCUUAUCGCAAACAGGAAAGUUACUGCCCGAUGCCGGAGGAGCAAUGCGGUGAAUCGAAGGAAGUUGAUGGGAAACGAUCAGUCGAAGAGAAGAUGGCAACGGUUCCUGUAGUGUCCAGGGAGGAGCCGAACUACUCUGGCUACGAUUCAGGGUUUCUUGAGCUCGUGAACGAGUACAGCAACGGUGGUUCCGAGGAACGUUCCUGUCCCGAUCGAAACGGAAUGGAUGAAGUAGCCGUCGAAGCUCGACCAGAUGAGGACGCAUACGAAGACGAGCCGGAACCUGCAGAAGUUGUCAUUCCCUCGUUCGAUGCGCUCUCGAAGGAUAUGGAUGUCCGCGAACUUCUGUCUUGCAGCCAGCAACUCUUGAAAGCCGUCACGCAGACACUGGAAGAAUCCGGCGAAAAUGCUGAUGGUGUCGUCGAAGUUCCAACUGAACCGGCUGUUCCUGUCGAAGAAGCGUGCGAUUGUGGCCCAUCGAACAAGGAAACAAAUAGAAAAUCUCAGUCUAGUCAAUUAGAGUUAGUAAGAAUGGCUAAUAUUAGCGAGGCGGUGGAUGAAGAACCCACCCCAGAUCUUCUGCCGGAAGGCAGCAUUCGUCGGUGGAUAAGCGAGCUAGUUAUCGCUGUCGAUAGUUUGCAUUUCAAUGGAAUUGUUUGUGGUGAUCUCACAAUGGAUAAUCUUUUGCUCGGCCCGCAAGGACAAUUGAUGCUGACGUACUUCCAUCGUCGCGGCGAUUCCUAUUUCUGUCAGCCUGGCGGUGCCUAUUCAGUGGCCCCAAAACAGACGGCCAUCCGGAAUCUGUACGUAGCACCGGAACGUCCGCUCGAGCCGAAGUCGGACUUUUGGUCGAUCGGUGUAAUUAUGUUCGAGCUGCUGACCAAGCGAACGUUCUUCUCAUGCCACCCAUCGGGUGUGUUUUGCUAUCACGAGGUGCAGUAUCCCGAGGGGAUCGAGCUGUCGAUCGAAACCCGCGAACUGCUGGAGGGUUUGCUGCAGCCCGAUGUCGAACGACGGCUCGACUUCAAGGAGAUCAUUGCCAGCCCGUUCUUCCGCACGGUCGACUGGAGUGAAGUGAAGCAGCGUGGAUCGUUGUACCACCGUUGAGAGGAGAGCAGCUCCGAAUUCUCGAAUUAGCAAUGUAUGUGCAACGUGAACGUGUUUUCGCUAUGAAACAUGGAACAGAAAUAAACCCCAGAAACA